CCCUUUUAAGUACACUGCCUUGUUAAUCAGAUCAGCUUGCUGAGACCAGCUGCUGCCAGUUCCCUCCGUCCUGAGCUCUGGUGUGUCCACCCUGCUCUAUGGAAGAUGGCAGGAGACAUGGAAGGGAGCCAACACCAUGUGUCCAGCCAGCUGUCCGAGGAUCAUGGGUGGUCCAUGGACUAGACAAACUGUGGGACAUGGGCUUCUUUUUGAUUUCCUGCCUGUAGUGGUGGUGUAUGCGGACACAUACCAACUGCAAUUCGCACCCGGGGGGAAUGAACGGAGUCUACAGUUUGCACAGCUUUUUCAGAUCCUCCAGCACAAAUGUUGUCAGGUGGUGCCCAAUAGGAAAUGUACCUGCUAUAUAACUAGUGAUGAUUUUAAUAAUGUAGUGUCUGUAUCCCCUAAAGCUGGAUUCUCUUCAACUAGGCGGCACGUAGAGGAGCUGCUUCUAUUUGCAUGGUGACAGGGUUCUACUGAAGGUUUGGUUCAGAGUCACUAGCCCUACACUAGGACAGCUAAUGGACAUGUAUGCAAGCCCUGAGAGACCUAUUUUAGCAUCAUGGCUUGGAAGCCUCCCUGAGGACACCAUCCAGGAGAUCCUAGAGGACGCUGCCAAGAUCGACACAACCCUGCUGGCGCCGUGGCAGAAGUUUAACGCCCUCAACACUUUCCUGAUCCCCCGCAUCGCCUUCGUCUUGAGAGGUUCCGCCAUGGCAAAGGUGCCCCUCAACAAGGCAGACAACACCAUCCGGCAGCUGGUUAAGCAGUGGCUGUCCCUGCCCCAGAGAGCCAGCAAUGAGCUCAUAUACAUUGCCCACAGGCACGGUGGUGCCAACGUCCCCAGCAUGGGUGACCUCUGCGACAUAACGGUCGUCACGCACGCCUUCCGCCUCCUGACGUGCCCGGACGCCAUGGUAAAGAAUGUCGCAGCGGUCACCCUACGCACUGUCAUCGAGAAGCGAAUUGGCAGGCUUCCCUCCGUCCCGGAUGUAGCCACUUUCCUGAGCGGCUCCCUGGACAGCGAAUUCACCCGGGACGGGGGCGACAUCGCCUCGCUGUGGUCCCGCGCCCGCAACGCCACGCGCUGGCUGGGAAAACGACUGGGCUGCCGCUGGGUAUGGAGCGAGGAACGACAGGAGCUGGGAGUCCUGGUGCCGCGGAUCGAGACGGAGGGCAACACCAUCGUCAGCUCCAGAGCCAGAGGCCUGCUGGAGAAGUUACUGAAGGCCGCUGUCCAUGGCUCUACGUGGACACCUUGAGGAAAAAACCCGACCA